AUGGAAAACAAGCCCAGCAAACAUGAUCAUACUCACACAUGGAAGGCCAAUUCACACCCACCUUCCCUAGCCAUGCAAAAAAGCUCACAAACAAUAUCCAAAACCAAGCCCAAGAUACGCAUAAUUCACAUAAUUGCACCCCAGAUCAUCAAGACAGAUAUUGAAAACUUCCGUGAAUUAGUGCAGAAGAUAACUGGGAAACCAAGUGGCCAAAAUUAUUGCAAGAAGAAGCCAACAAUAGCAUCUGGAACGGCAGGAAUGGAAUCAAUACAUCAAGAAUCAACAAGUGGGAAGAGUAAUAGCUUUAGUGGGCUAUCCAACGAUAAGCCCAAAUCAAUGGCCGAAAACAUGGAUCUGAGGAACGAGGGGUUAGAUCAUUCAUGGGAGAGAGUCAAAGAAGAAAUAGAACUUUUCAGUGAUGAAUUGAGUUGUGGAAGGUACUUGGGAGGGUUCUCAGAGUUGGAAGGGUUCACUUCAGAGGUUGGUGAAUUUUCACUGUUUCCGUUGGAUGGCACUCAGGUGCAAGGGUUUGAACAAUCUCAGAUUUUAUAA